AGCGUCCUUCUCCCAUUUCGUAUUUUAGUUGUUUUCUGCUAGAUUAGAAAUUGAUUAGUAAUUUCAUAUUACUUCAGUUUUGCUAAUAAAAGUGGCCUUAAGAAUUUGUUUUGUAUAUGAUAUAUAGUUUAUAAAUUAUGGACGUCGGGGAGUUGCUUUCUUUUAAGCCUGUUCCUACACCUAAACGGCCAAAUGAAGAUGAUAGUGGUGACUCUGAUGACGAGAGCGUUAGAAGUGCAAAGGUGCGACGGAUGGUUAGGCCUAGGCCAGAGCAAUACAUACAAUUAAGUCAAGGGCUUCCAAACGAGCCAACAAUAACGGAUAAAGAGAGAGAAGACAUUCUACGAUUUGUGGAGAAUGAAGUCACUGAGGGGGAAGUUUUAGAUGAAACUGCUGUAAAGAAACUGGUUUUAAACUUUGAGAAGAAAGCUUUGAGAAAUAGAGAAAUGAGAAUUAAAUUCCCAGAUCAGCCUGAAAAGUUUAUGGAAAGUGAAAUAGAUUUGCAUGAGGCUUUACAGGAAUUAAGUGCAGUGGCUACUGUCCCUGAUCAGUAUCCCUUGCUUGUGGAAUUAAAAUGCAUUAAUUCUUUACUGGAAUUACUGUCACAUGAUAACACUGACAUAUCUACUAAAGUGGUGCAUCUUUUACAGGAGUUGACUGAUGUUGAUAUAUUAAAUGAGAGUGAAGAGGGAGCGGAAGAACUGAUCAAGGCGUUGGCUGAUGCUGAGUGUCCUUCACUUCUGCUGCACAACCUUGCUCGUCUGGAUGAGCAAGUACCAGAUGAAAGGGAUGCUGUGCACAAUACAUUAGGUAUUAUUGAAAAUAUUACCGAGUUCCGACCAGAAAUGUGCAUUGAGGUUGCAAAGCAAGGAUUUAUGCAAUGGAUACUGAAACGGCUAAAAAUGAAAGUACCUUUUGAUGCAAAUAAAUUGUAUGCCACAGAAAUUUUAUCAAUUUUGCUACAAAACACACCGGAAAAUAGAAAGCUGCUUGGAGAGCUUGAUGGGAUAGAUGUUCUAUUGCAACAACUUGCGUUCUACAAGAGACACGACCCCAGCGGCGCCGAGGAGCAGGAGGCGAUGGAGAACAUGUUCGACUCGCUGUGCUGCGCGCUCAUGGAGCCCACCAACCGCGACCGCUUCCUCAGGGGCGAGGGGCUGCAGCUCAUGAACCUUAUGUUAAGAGAGAAGAAAAUGUCGCGUAACGGCUCACUGAAGGUUUUGGAUCACGCUCUGGCCGGGCCCGACGGUCGAGACAACUGCAACAAAUUCGUUGACAUUCUUGGCCUACGCACGGUAUUUCCGUUAUUCAUGAAGACACCCAAAAGAAAAAGAUUGCUAACAGUUGAUCAACAUGAAGAACAUGUUGUGUCUAUAAUAGCUUCUAUGCUACGGAAUUGUCAAGGCAGUCAGCGACAGAGACUUCUAGCGAAAUUCACUGAAAACGAUUUAGAAAAAGUGGAUAGAUUACUCGAGUUACACUUCAAAUAUAUGGAUAAAGUGGAUAGGACAGAAAAGGAGAUGGAGGUAGAAGCAGAAGAUCUAGAUGAUGAUGCUCAAUAUCUAAAGCGAUUAUCUGGAGGCUUAUUUACAUUACAACUCAUUGACAGGAUUAUUUUAGAGGUUUGCACAGCGGGACCAUCGACUAUAAAACAGCGUGUUCAACGAGUUUUGUCUCUUCGUGGCGGAUCACUAAAGAUUAUCCGGCACGUCAUGAGAGAAUAUGCGGGUAAUUUGGGUGACGCCGGUAGUGAGGAGUGGCGACAACAAGAGCAGCAGCAUAUUCUUCAACUAGUCGACAAGUUUUAAAGAUCGUUAUAAAAUCUUUCUAACCAUUUUGUGUACAAACAGGAUUGGUGUUAUUUACAGAAAUAAACAACCGGAAUAAUUUCA